AUGAAGAAUUUGUUUUUGGCAGGUUGCCUUGUUGUUUUGUUAUUUGUUGUUACUCAAGUAACAGCAAUUUAUACCCCUACUAAUGCAUGUGUUGCUCAUUCAUUCUCUUGUUGUCCAAAUAUUGAUUUUAAAGUCAAUGUUGAUUACAUCAAGGAUUUAGAAGGAAGUGUCUGCAAGGAAAUUGCUGCUUUUGCUGCCUCACCUGAAAAUGUUUCAAAGGAAUGUUUGGCUGCUCAUAUUGAAUAUACUUGUCUCAAGAAGAUUCCAAAAUGUGUUUCUGAUUCUAAUAGACAUGUAAAUCAAUUGUCCAGAAGUGUUUGUGUCAAGAGACAACAAAUUUGUCUUGCCCACAAGUCCAAGAAUAUUCUUUACUUUGAAAGCCUUUGUCCAUCUUUUUAUUCUGCAAGUGAUUCAUCCAGUGAAAUUUUUGAUAAUCUUGCUGAUGAAGUUAUCAUGGAAGCCUUCGAUGAAGAAGAAGAAUUUGAUCAAGAAGAGGAAUAAUUAUUUCUAAUAGAGUUUCAAUUCCAAUCCUGAAUCAUUUUUCAAUAAACUCAAGUUUCAUUG